GUGUGUGUGUGUGUGUGUGUGUGUGAGAGCGAGAGAGAGAGAGAGUGUGUGUGAUAGACAGCGAGACAGACAGAGAGAGAGAGAGAACAAAGACUAAAGGAUAUCGACGCAGUGAGGAGGAAGCGAGAUGACCGGAGACAUGGCAGACCGAGAGCAGGGAAAAGAGAAGAAGAACAAAGACAAGCAGGCGGAGUGCUGCGGCUACCCCGUCAGCAUCUUCUUCAUCGUCGUGAACGAGUUCUGCGAACGGUUUUCCUACUAUGGCAUGCGAGCUGUUUUGGUUCUGUAUUUCCGAUACUUCCUGCGUUGGGAUGAUGACUUUGCCACCACCAUCUACCACACCUUCGUGGCCCUUUGCUACCUCACACCCAUCCUGGGAGCCAUCAUAGCCGACUCCUGGCUGGGAAAGUUUAAGACCAUAGUGUAUCUCUCCAUCGUUUACACAAUUGGUCAAGCCGUCAUGGCCAUCAGCGCCGUCCAUGACAUCACCGACGCAAACAAGGACGGGACUCCUGACAGCAUGACCUUCCACGUCGCUAUGUCCAUGGUGGGGCUGCUCCUUAUUGCUUUGGGGACUGGAGGCAUCAAACCCUGCGUAGCCGCUUUCGGAGGGGAUCAGUUCCAGGACAAUCAGGAGAAGCAGAGAAGCACCUUCUUCUCCAUCUUCUACCUGUCCAUCAACGCAGGCAGUCUGCUCUCCACCAUCAUCACUCCCAUCCUCAGAGCUCAGGAGUGUGGCAUCAACUCGCAGCAGAAAUGUUAUCCUCUGGCGUUCGGCGUCCCCGCGGCUCUCAUGGCCGUCGCUCUCGUGGUGUUCAUUUUGGGAAGCAGCAUGUACAUUAAAGAAGCACCCAAAGGCAACAUACUGAUGGACGUGUGCAGCUGCAUCGCGUUUGCCAAUAAGAAUCGCUGGAAGCAUCGUGGGAGCUGCUUCCCCAAGAAAGAGCACUGGUUGGACUGGGCUGAAGAAAAAUACGACAAACUGCUGAUCGCUCAGGUGAAGAUGGUGCUGAAGGUUCUUUUCCUCUACAUCCCUCUGCCCAUGUUCUGGGCACUGUUUGACCAGCAGGGCUCUCGCUGGACUCUGCAGGCCACCACGAUGAACGGUAACUUCGGUUUGUUCACCGUGCAGCCGGAUCAGAUGCAGACGGUGAACCCCAUCCUGAUCCUGCUGAUGGUCCCCGUCGUGGAUAACGUCGUCUAUCCGCUCAUAAAGAAAUGCGGUCUGAACUUCACGCCUCUGAAAAGGAUGACCGUGGGUAUGUUUCUGGCGGCGUUAGCGUUUGUGGCUGCGGCUCUGGUGCAGGUGCAGAUCGAUCAAACAGUUCCUGUGUUCCCCUCGUCAUCUGAAGCUCAGGUGAAGUUCUUAAACCUGGAGAACAGCGUAUUGAGUAUAUCGGUGAACGGAAAUCCACAUGAAAUUCAGCCUUUUCAGUCCUAUGGCUACGUGAGUCUGAACACAGACACGAUGGACCUUACGGUCGGAAACAAAACUCAUCCCCUUUAUCCUCUGAUGAAAGGAGAGCGUCAAACACUGCUUCUCACCUACGGCAACAUUCAGGGACAGAGUAUAGAUUUAAACGCUAAACCAGAACAAGGCGACAACGAUAUCAGGUUUGUGAACGGCUACAGAGAAGUGCUGAGCGUGAAGUCGGGGUCUAAAGACAUGGGGUCCAUCGGUCAGUUUGAGUUCUCCAACUACACGCUGUUCCCCGAGGGCACAGCCACCUUUAUCAUCUCGGGCGGCGGAGGACAGUGUGAAUACUCCAUGGAUCUGGGAUUUGGAAGCUCCUACACACUGUUCAUACCGAACACCUUUACCUUCGGAUUGGAGUGUGCAAGCACCAUCCAGCGGGUAGAAGAUAUCCAGCCCAACACCAUGCACAUGGCCUGGCAGAUCCCUCAGUUGUUCCUCAUGACGUGUGGAGAGGUGGUUUUCUCCGUCACGGGUCUCGAGUUCUCCUACUCACAGGCACCCAAGAACAUGAAGUCGGUUCUUCAAGCCGGCUGGCUGCUGACCACCGCCGUGGGGAACAUCAUCGUCCUCAUUGUAGCUGAAGUAGGACAACUUCCGGAACAGUGGGCCGAAUACGUGCUUUUUGCAGCACUGUUGAUAUGCGUGUGCGUCAUCUUCUCCAUCAUGGCUCACUAUUACACCUACAUCGACCCGGCCGAGAUCGAGGCCCAGUUUGCCGAGUACGACCCCGAAGAAAAGGAAAAGAAAAAAGCGAUUGAGAUGCAGCUGGAGCCCGUGUUCGAGAAAAAACAGACCAAGAUCUGAACACUACUUACACACACACAAAUAUAUGUGUUCACAAAAGCUUCGGAGAAGGAAUAUAAAUCUCAGACUUUCGAAUUCCCCAAAGAGACAGAGGAUAGUUUUACGCGACGGUUUACAGAGCCGCCAGAGGAAGCGCGUCGGAUCGUCGUCCGAUUCGUCGGAAGAUGCCGAGCGAUGGACAAACCGGGCGAAUCGCUCCAAUUUCCAAAGUCUACAUGGUUUUUCCAUCUAAAUUCAGAAUCCUGAAGUAAUUUAUAUAUAAUGUUCUGGGACGAUUUUUUUUUUCUAUUUUAAGAUGCAUAUUUGGGAGCAAAAAAUUUGUACUGAAAAUAUACAAGCUGAAGAUUAUCAUGGAUAAAUGCACCUAAUUUACCGUUUAUAUUUAACGUGCUUAAGUAUAUAUUUUGUAGCAUGACUUAUUUUUGUAUAUAACUUUAUGGUGUUAAUUUUUUAAAUGUCCACCAGCCGCCGAGUACUUCAAUAAAGAACUUUCUGUGA